UGUGACGGCUCGCGGCUGUUUCUCAAAGGCAGAGCCAAGCUCUGCGUCGAUGCUGGCUCGAGGCUCGUACUUGAGCUCGCCGCAGAGCGCUCCAAUCGAUCAGAGCCGCCAUCGGGGCUGCUGCACGACACGCCCAGGCCUCGCACGCCAGCUCUGAACCGGCACCGCGCGCGCGACGCCGCCCUUUGACAGACAGCAACAACAGCUCUCACUGCAGUCCAUACGCCGCGACCGCAAGAAUGGGCAAGAAGAACCGCAAGAAGCAGGACGACGGCGACUACUUUGCCAGUCUAGGCGCGCCGACCGAGAACGCCGUCGACGACGCCGCCGCGGAGAAGGCCGAGGAAGAAAGGCUUGAACGGCAGCGCAAGGCCGCCGCCCAGCGCGAGGCCAAGAAGCAGAAGGAGGCGCAGGAACGCGCCGAGCGGGCCGCCGUCGCCGAGCGCGCGCGGUUGGCGAUGGAGCGAAGGAACAACAAAGGGAGGGCCGUCGCCGUCGAGGAGGCCGAGGAGGAAGAAGCCGUCGAAGAACCGGCGCCGGCGCCCCAGCCCACGGCGGCGGAGGAGGCCGCGCCGCCGCCGCCGCCGCCCCUGUCAAGCUUCGCCCGGGUCUUGCUGUUUUUGAGACCGUUCUCGCCAGUGCAUAAAUCAAAUUGUCGCGCGCUUCUCGCCACUGCUGAAUCAUGACCUGCUCGAUCGACUCACUGGUUGAUUUAUGCACAGGUUCUCGCCCGACGCCGGCGCCGUGAGUGGAGUAGGUAAGGUCUGGCGCCUCCUGUGGCUCGUAUUAUCGACCUUCGCCUCCCCUGCGACAAUCGAGGACGUCGACGCGCAUUUAAGGACCUCGAACAGCGCGGCCGCUGAAAAGAUAGACGCCGAGGACGAACGCAAGCGGACGACCAUGUUGUUCUGCCCGGACACGGGCAAGUGGUUCCCGCGCAACACAAAAGUGUGGUCCUUGGCUUCUUUACGAAGGACGGACACGACUAUAGAAAGGUGGGUCAAGAACCUCAAGACCAAGGGGAAGAGCGAGCAGUGGACGCGCGUUCGUGAUGGAGACGGCUGGGCGUCGUGCCCGUCCAAGCUCGGCGUCGCCGACGAGGAUUUAGGUGAUAGCGACGUGCAAUUUUACGCGUGUCUGGACCAGAAAGUUUUCGAGUGCUCGGACUGGGUCGCGUCGCACGUCUGCACGCGGGCCGCGGCGCGCGAGCUCGGCUGCGUCGACGGGCCGAGAACACUGUUCAGAGUUGUGGUCGACGAUGUGCAAGGAGCGGUCGCGACGCUCGACAAAAAAGCGUCCGCGGCGCUGCACGCCAAGGCCGGCGUCUCCACCAAGAAGCAGCCCAAGGAAAAGCUAUCUCGUGCAGAAAAGAAGGUGCGAGUCGGCGUCCGUUGAUGCGGCGAUGGCGUGAAGCGGGACUGGCGCGUCGAUGGCGUCGAGGCUCGACGGCGCCGCGACCCGCCGUCGACGCGCGCUCGCGUCGCCCCGCCGCCGCGACGCUUCGAUGCGAGAGAGUCCACGCGCCGCGGUCGCGCGACGCCGCGCCCCCGCGCAGGCCAAGAAGAAGGCGUACGGGCGCUAGGCGAGUAAGGCCGAAGGCGGGUAGAAUAAACUAGUCUCACAACACACGAA